GCGGACGUCAGCAUGUGUAAUCGAUCUCGACUUCCAGAACGAACGCUCGAGGUGCACAAUGUACAUCACGAGCAAGAUAUACAUUACACCAUGCAAUUGUGCCGAUGGGUCCUGAAACCAAUCGGCAUUUGGCACUUGAUUUACGGUCAUCCGUCGCAGAACGAAAAACUCACUUCGAUAGCGUUGAUCGUUGCGUGCUUCUCCGCCCUGUGCUUCGUCUUAAUACCCGCCGGACUGUAUACUUUAUUUCGCGAAAAGGACAUCAAUGUCAAAGUCAAGCUAUUCGGCCCGGUCGGUUUCUGUUUAACUUCUACGAUCAAGUAUUGCUAUCUCGGAGCGCGCGGCGCAGCAUUUGGAAACUGCAUUCAACACGUUGAGAACGACUGGCGGGUCGUUCGUGAUCAGGAUCAUCGCACUAUCAUGCUGAGAAACGCGUUGAUGGGCCGUAGACUCACCACAUUGUGCGCGAUUUUCCUUUACACCGGCGGAUUAUCCUAUCACACGAUCAUGCCAUUAUCCUCCACACGAAGGAUCAACGAGAAUGUUACCAGCAGAAUGCACACCUAUCCUGGCUACGAUUUGUUUUUCGACCCUGUGGCCAGUCCCGCUUACGAAAUCGUAUUUUGUGUUCACUGCUUAUUCGCGCUAGUCACGUAUAACAUCACGACGGCAGCGUGCAGUUUAGCAGCGAUCUUCGUGACACAUGCGUGCGGACAAGCAGAGAUAUUGAUGGCACUGUUGGGCGACCUGGUUGAGGGGAAAAAAAGUAAAGGUACCGUAGAGAAACGUCUGACCGUGAUAGCAAAACAUCAUGUGCGAAUAUUGAGAUUUUCAGCCAACGUGGAGGAAGUGUUACGCGAAAUAUGUCUAAUGGAACUAGUGGCCUCCACUUUGAUCAUAUGCUUACUCGAAUAUUAUUGCAUGACGGAGUGGAAAAAUAGUGACGCCGUAGCGAUCUUGACGUAUUUCAUUUUACUGAUAUCUUUUACGUUCAAUAUUCUGAUAUUUUGUUAUAUCGGUGAACUCCUUGUGGAACAGUACAGCAAAAUUGGUUCAGCUGUUUACGAAAUCAGCUGGUAUAAUUUAUCGGGAAAUAAAGCUCGCAAUCUCGUGCUAAUCAUUGCAAUGUCUCAUUACCCACCCAAGCUUACAGCUGGCAAGUUCUUCGAUUUAUCCAUCAAUACCUUUGGUGUUGUACUUAGAACAUCCGUAGCAUAUUUAAAUUUACUUCGGACGGUUACGCAAUAGAAAUUUUCAAUUGUGCAGAUUAGAGCUUCAAAUCUA